AUGCUUCCUAGAUUUCUGAUCGUGCUUGCCGCGGCGGCGGCGGCGCUGACGCUCGACGAGACUGCGACGUACCAGUUGGUGGCUGAGAACGGGCACACGUCCCCCACCGAGAUCGCAGAGCUGUUCUACGCCGGCCGGUGGAGACUGGCCCCGAAACAGGCCCUAGUCGACGACGAGUACUGCGUGUCGUUAGUCGGCGACGGGCGGCCGCUCGCGCCGUGUUUCAACACGAAAAGACUCCGUUUUCCGCUCCGCGACACGCUCGCCAUCGAGCUCGCGAACGGCUCUGUCGCCGCGCUGUCGCUGCUCGAGACGGCCUCCGAGACCCCGGCCGUCCGGCUCGUGGCCGCGCACACAGUGCCGCCCCCACGCGAAGACGCUCCGCACCCCCACGCAGCCGCGCCCGUCGCAGAAAAAUCGUUUGUCCAGAAAUACUGGAUGUACAUUGUGCCGCCGCUAAUAAUUCUCAUGAUCAUGUCUCCCCAAUAG